CCCCGGGGGAGGAGAAAGGGGCCGGGCCGCGCUCGCCGGGCCUAGGCCGGGCCUGAGCCCCGGGACCCGGGCCUGCAGCGAGCAGAGGCGGCGCAACCCGGCGCACGGGACCCAAGUGUUCUGCAGUCAGCCAGAAAGUGGAGAGCCCAGCCGGAGCCAGGAUGGGCAGCCCAGCGUACCGCGUGUCCAUGGGGGAGACCCCGAGUAGGGGCGUGCACCCCGACAUAGAGAGCGAGAGGUCCGUGAGGCCUUUCAACGUGGAGCGGCUCACCAACCUCCUCGACGGAGGCGCCCAGAACACUGCUCUCCGCAGGGAGAUCGAGCGCAUCAUCCAGAGCGACCAGACGCUUAGUGUGAAGGAUAUUUAUUUCAUGACGCAGAAUGAACGCUACGAGGCGGCCGUGCAGAAGGCAUGCCGUGUCCUGAUGCUGGCACAGCGUCUGGGCUGGCCUGAAGACGGGCUGGAACUAAAAUACGCGUACAGAGCCCUCUCUGGAGACAUGGCCUUCAACAUCCACAGAGUGUUCCAGAAGGCGCUCGAGAGCCUGGGCUCAGAUGAACAGAUCGCUAAAUGGGGCCCGCCGAGCUCCCAGUUCCAGAUCAUCGUCACGUACGCCCAGACGGAACUGGGCCACGGGACGUAUCUUCAGGGCCUGGAGACUGAAGCCACCUAUGAUGCAGCCACCCAGGAAUUCGUGAUGCACAGUCCCACACUGACAGCCACCAAGUGGUGGCCUGGGGACCUGGGACGGUCCGCUACCCACGCCCUGGUGCAGGCCCAGCUCAUCUGCUCGGGAGCCCGGCAGGGCAUGCACGCCUUCAUCGUGCCCAUCCGGAGCCUCAAGGACCACAGCCCACUGCCAGGAGUCACCGUUGGAGACAUCGGGCCCAAGAUGGACUUUGAGCACACGGACAAUGGCUUCCUGCGGCUGGACCACGUGCGGAUCCCCCGGGAGAACAUGCUGAACCGCUUUGCACAGGUCCGGCCUGACGGCACCUACGUCAAGCUGGGGACGCCGCAGAGCAACUACCUUUCCAUGGUGGUGGUGCGCGUGGAGCUGCUGCUGGGCGAGAUCGUGCCCCUGCUGCAGAAGGCCUGCUGCAUCGCCAUCCGCUACUCUGUCAUCCGCCACCAGUCCCGCCUCCGGCCCAGUGACCCGGAAGCCAAAGUCCUGGACUACCAGACGCAGCAGCAGAAACUCUUCCCUCCGCUGGCCUCGGCCUAUGCAUUCCACUUCCUGGCGAACAACCUCUUGGAGUUCUUCCGUCACUCCUACAGAGCCAUCCGGGACCGAGACUUCAGCCUCCUGCCCGAGCUCCAUGCACUGAGCUCGGGGAUGAAGGCUUUGGUGUCGGAGUUCUGCGCCCAGGGGACAGAGGCGUGCCGCAGGGCCUGCGGUGGACACGGCUUCUCAAAGCUGAGUGGCCUGCCAUCACUGGUCACCAAAGUGACCGCCUCCUGCACCUACGAGGGGGAGAACACGGUGCUCUACUUACAGGUGGCCAGGUUCCUGGUGAAGACCUACCUGCAGGCUCAGACCUCCCAGGGUGCCGGAUCGCAAAGGUCUCUUCCUCAGUCUGCUGCCUACCUGGCCACAGCUGGCGUGCCCCGGUGUCCAGCCCGGAAGGCAGCGGACUUCCUGCGUCCGGAGCUCUACAGUGAGGCCUGGGCACACACGGCGGCCAGGCUCAUCAAGGACUCUGUGCAUCAUUUACAAACUCUGAUGGAGUCCGGGGUGGAUAGGCAGGAUGCCUGGAACCAAACCACCGUCAUACACCUCCAGGCCGCCAAGGCACACUGCUACUAUAUCACUGUGAAGAGUUUUGUAGAAGCUCUGGAGAAACUAGAAAAUGAACCAGCAAUUCGGCAGGCACUCAAACGCCUGUGUGACCUCCAUGCAUUACAAGGUAUUCUGACCAACGCGGGCGACUUCCUCCACGAUGGCUUCCUAUCUGGGGCCCAGGUAGACAUGGCCAGAACAGCCUACAUGGACCUGCUCCGUCUCAUUCGGAAGGAUGCCAUCUUGUUAACUGAUGCGUUUGACUUCACGGAUCAGAGUUUAAACUCGGCACUUGGCUGUUACGAUGGGAAUGUCUAUGAACGUCUGUUCCAGUGGGCUCAGAAGUCACCCACCAACACUCAGGGGAACCCUGCCUAUGAGAAAUAUUUAAAACCACUCUUACAAAGUUGGAGAUCCAAGUUAUGAAGGAAUGGACAGCAUUCAAGAUCCACCACCAUGCGAGGAGGGUACAAAGACACACAGAUAGUAUCAUUAAAAUGUUAAUGUAUGUACUUACCUAUUUUUAAGUGGAGUCAUUAUCCUUUAGAGACCAAGUCUGAAGCAGAUGAAAUAUAUGGAGAUUUACUUAAGACAAAAUAACCCAUGAAAGGAAAAAGGGGAUUGAAAUUGGUCAGUGAAUAUCUGUAUCCACACUAUUCCUUCUACAACUUUGAAUGCCUAAAUUUUUCCACAACCAAAAGAUAGUAAUAUUAUUCAUUUGUAGAAUCGAUUUAUGUGAGGGUUUUGCUUUAAUCAAUGUUUAUUACAUAGCACUUGUAUCUUUAUCAUACAUUUAGUCUAGGGUAUAAAAUGACACAUGCAUACUGUCCUUGUCCAAAAGUGCCUCUGCUUGAAAUAACUAAAAUAAAAUAUAGACCCCUGGGAAUGCAAUUCAUUAUCAAUUUUUAAAAUCAACUUUCCAUGAUGAAAAUUAUUAGAAAUGAUAAAAAUCGACUGGAUUGGCUCAAAUACAAGCAAACUGCAUGCUUUCAUAUAAUUUUCAAUUGCCCAAAUAAAAACACUCAUUCCAGAUCAAACCUGGUAAUUUUUUACCAAAAGCAAACUUUUCCCCAAUACACUUGGCAAAGAUGAUUGUUAUUCAUAACUUUUGAAUUUCUAAAACUUUAAACCAAAAUUCCCAUUCCCACAAUUGUUUAGCUCAAAUCAUCUUACCUCAGGUUACCUCAGCAGACAUCUUUAUGUCUGGGACUGUCACCUCUUGUAGCUAUUGUUUGGACUUUGUUUUGACUUGUUUGGUUUGUUCAGCUAACGGCUAACCAACUUGAAGUAAAAGACAUUUCUUUAGGAUGGUAGCAAGGAAAGCUCAUACUGAUACAUUUACUAAAGCCAUAGCAGCCUGCACAUAACAUUAAGGGAUUUUUAUUUUAAAAUAAUGGGACUAGGGUAAUUAAUAGAUUUCUAUUUUUUUUUUCUUUUGGUCAAAUGUGAAAAAUUUUAAGACAUGGGCAAAAGUGGAGAGCAGUGUUUUCACCUCCUUUCAAAGAAUCUCAUCCUCAGUGGGUCUCGGAGAAAGGGUGACCUGCCCAGGUCUUCCUUCAUUAAGUAAUGCAACAUCUAACCAUCAGAAAUCAAGGAGCACGUGCUCUGCAUGCAGGGUUGCAUUGGUCCUCCAGGACGCCUGAUCACUCGAGCCCAGGAGCAAUACAUUGGGAGUGUCCACAGAGCAUCACCAGGUGUGGUCACAUUAACAAUAACAAAAAGCAGAAAUCAAAUACACUGUGAAAAUGACAGUGAAAGAAAUAUACAUAGACACCUCCAAAUAUCCCAGAUCCUUCAUUCAUUUAAUUUACUUCUUACCAGAAAUAAAUUUAACUUUAAAAAUAAAAUAUAUCUGUGAGUCUGGAGAGGUAGUACAGCAGGUAUGGUGCUUGCCUUGCACGCGGCUGACCUGUGUUCAAUCUCUGGCACCCCAGAGAGUCCCAAGCCCAGCCAGGAGUGAUUCCUAAAGGCACAGUCAGAGUAAGCCCUAAGCAUGGUCAAGUGUAGCUCCAAAACAAAACAAAAUAUAUUUGUGGAUAUGCAUAAUACAUUAAAAAUAGGAGGGGGUCUGGAGUGAUAGCACAGCGGGUAGGGCGUUUGCCUUGCACGCGGCCAAUCCAGGUUCGAUUCCCAGCAUCCCAUAUGGUCCCCUGAGCACCGCCAGAAGUAAUUUCUGAAUGCAGAGCCAGGAGUAACCCCUGUGUAUCCCCAGGUGUGACACAAGAAGCAAAAAAAAAAGGGUGGGGAGGGGGCAAAGAGUCAAUGUUUGUUCCUGCACUCAAUACAAAGCUGAGAGAUCAUAUUCUGCACUGUAUAAAAACUGUUGACUUUUUUAAGAAGAAUCUGCCAUAUUCCAUUUUAGUCUUAUUCUGAAAAAAUCUGUCGGACCAGAGUGAUAGGACAGCAGGUAGGAUUGGAUUCCUGGCAUCGCAUAUGAUCUUCAUCUGAGUGCCAACAGGAGGGGUCCUUGAAUGCAGAGACAGGAGUGAACCCUGAGCACCACAGCCCAAACAACAAACAACUCUGUCGAAUUGUGUGUUCAUAAAUGCACUCUUCUAGACAAAUUAGUGACUCAACACAAUAAAACUAACUUCACUAACACUGCACCCUAAAGUCCCACCUUCUUGAAUCAAGUACAAAUGUACUAUAUAAGCAGUAUGUACUGAGACAGUAAUACAUAAAUUCGACAAGGAAUAUGAUUUUCCCCAUGACAAUAAUCAAUAAAUACAAACUUAAUUUGCAUAUUUCA